CUCGCGAGAGCGGGGGCGUCCGGUGCGAGCGGCUGUGUGCGCGUCGGGCAAGAUGGCGGUGGAGUCGCGGGUCACGCAGGAGGAGAUUAAGAAGGAGCCGGAGAAGCCGAUCGACCGGGAAAAGACGUGCCCGCUGCUGCUUCGCGUCUUCACCACCAACAAUGGGCGGCACCACCGUAUGGACGAGUUCUCCCGCGGCAACGUGCCCUCCAGUGAGCUGCAGAUCUACACCUGGAUGGAUGCAACCCUGAAAGAGCUGACCAGCUUAGUGAAAGAAGUUUACCCAGAAGCACGGAAGAAGGGCACACACUUCAAUUUUGCAAUUGUUUUUACAGAUCUCAAGAGGCCUGGAUAUAGGGUGAAGGAGAUUGGCAGCACCAUGUCAGGCAGGAAGGGCACAGAUGAUUCCAUGACGUUGCAGUCUCAGAAAUUCCAGAUAGGAGACUACCUGGAUAUAGCAAUUACUCCUCCAAACCGUGCACCACCCCCAUCGAGCCGCAUGAGACCAUACUAAAGUGUUGCUUCUUUGUAUGAUUGCAUCUUCUGUUUAUUCCUACUUGCUGUUCUAAAGCAGGCUUAUUUUUUUGCUUUUGUUGCUAAGCAGGAGCACCUGAAGACAAAGCUUAAGCAUCAGAAAUGAACCUUAACUUUAAAACCUUAGUUUGUCUAGAAGAAACACUUAUCUUUAGCAGUGCCAUCAUCCUAUCCCUGAUUGCUAUAGUUUGAACAGUAAGUUCGUGUCCGGUGUUUCAAAAUUUCCAUAAAACACGACCAUGAGGAUUACAGGUGUCUGUAGUUCUGUCUUGUUUGGAAUAAAGAUUGAUGUUAAUCUUUU